AUGUUUGAUGUCACACAAAAUCGAAGACUUACAAGCGAAAACCGACAAACUGGUCGAAGAAGCAGCAAAGACAGGACUCCAGGUGAACAUAGACAAGACGGAGGUUAUGAAAAUAACCAACCAACAACAACAACAGCAGCAACAUCCAGCGCCAAUCACCAUCAACGGGAGGGAUUUGAAAGAGGUUACUUCAUUCACUUAUCUAGGGAGCAUUGUCUCAACUACAGGAGGAACGGACGAGGAUGUCAAAUCGAGAAUCGGGAAGGCGAGAAACACAUUCAUCAACCUGAAACCAAUCUGGAAAUCUUCGUCACUCACCAGCAUCAACAACAAAAUUCGGAUUUUCAAUACAAACGUCAAGUCA